GAGUAUUGGUUUCAGAAGGAUGUUUUAUUGAAAUUUUCAGGAAUUUUUACCUUAUAUGGCAUAAUGUGUGAUAAAAGAAUUGUUGCUGUAUUCAAUACUACAAUUCCUUUGGGUGAAGCUGUUGCAAGAACACUAGCGAAAGAUACAGAUUUACACGUUCGUGCUGUGACCUCUGAUGUCACGUCUGAAACGGCCCUUAACCUGAAAAACGAAGGUGUAGAACUUUGUGAAUGUUCUUUUCAAGAUGUCGAUGACGUCAUUACCGCAUUGAAUAGUGUUGAUGAGUGUUUUAUUGUAACAGAAACAAGAGCGAGUGACCCGUACUGUGUUGAUAAUGAGAUUAAACAGGGCCGACUUAUAGCUGAUGCAUGUUCAAUGUCAAAUGUAAACCAUGUAAUAUUCAGUACUCAAAUUCAUACCCAGAAAGUAAAAGGGAUACAAGUGAGACCAAUGGUAACAAAAGCUGAGAUAGAAAAUUAUAUGAAAGAUAAACAGUUACCAUUAAGUUGUGUUAUGAUGCCCUGCUUUUAUCAAGACUUUUUCACUAUAUUUAAACCUGAAAGGGUUCAGAAUAAUACAUAUCAAUUUCAAAUACCAAUGGGGUUAACACCAAUAGAUAUGAUAGAUAUAGAAGAUGUAGGGGAUGUUAUUAAAGUUAUGCUACAAGACAAAAACAAAUUCAUCAACAAAACUGUUCGUGUAUCAGGUGACAAAAUCACCAUUCCAGAACUCGCCGCCAUUUUGAAUGUUAAUCUCAAACCAAAAAUGUUUAGAGAAAAACUGAUUUCAGUCAACGAUUAUCGAGAAAGAGAUGUUAUUGGAAGUAAAGACUGGGCGAAUUAUUUUAAUUUUAUACAGCGUGUUGAUACUCAAUUUAGUGUCUCGAUGACUAAAUCUCUAUAUCAAGAUGUUAAGUCAUUUGAAAGUUGGGUAAAAGUCAAUGGUGAUUGGAUCAUGUCUCAAAUAGCUACAUAAAUUUUGUUCAUAUAUUUUGUGAAAGAUUUUUAUACGCCCACAUGGUAAUGUGGACGUAUAUUGCCGUCGCCCCUGUCAGCCAGGCCGUCGGUCCGUCAACAUUUUUUUAUCUUCAGUUUUUAUCUGAUUUUAAUGAAACUUGAUGUGGUCAAGAUUGAAUUUGAUGAUUUUUCGAUGAAAGGUUUUUGAGUAAUUGCCCUUGACUUAGGAUAAACGCGUUAAAAUAUAUGGUAGUGAACACAAUGGAGACUACUGUAAUUAUCUGAUUUUAAUGAAAUUUAAUGUGAUCAUUUAUAUUAAUGAGAUCUUCGAUUAGUUUGAAUUUGACGAUUUCUCGAUGGACAGUUUUUAAGUUAUUGCCCAUGACUUAAGAAAAAAGCGCCAAAAUUUGAUCAGGAGCACAAAAGAUACUAGCAUUCGUCUGAUUUAAAUAAAAUAUGGUGUGAUCAUUUAUAUUGGUUAUAGCCUUGAUUUAGGUGAAAUGCUUCAAAAUUUGUUCAUAAAUACGAUAAAGACUACAGUUUUCAUCUGGUUUUUUAAAAUUUUGUGUGAUGAUUUAUGUUGAUAAAGGAAAUGAAAUUUCUCUUCAGUUUCAGUUUGUGGCUUUGAUAUUAGAGUAUAUUAAAUAACUGGCAGUAAAUAUAUGUAUCAUUGAAUUCAAACUAAUAAAAAUUUCUUUAAUAUAAGAAAAUUCGUAAUUUAGUCACUAAAGACUGUUUUAUCAUUUUUGACAGUUGCCAGUAUGGGCGUAUGUUACCUUGCCUGGCAAGCUAUCCUUUUAUAUAGUUGGAAAUAAAUUGUUUUUUUCGUAUAAUAAUUUAUUAAUGGAUUAACCCAGUGCCCUCUCAUAUUGAACAAAGCUUAUGACCAGAUACCACAGUGACGUUUCCCUUUUGGGAUCAUAGAUUAGAAUGAAUUGUAAAACAUAACUGAUUUCUUAUCAAAUAAAAUUGGGAAAAUAUGUCAACAAUAAAAAA